AUGAAGCUUUUUGUCUCGUUCAUCGCGACACUGAGCUUGUCGGUGCGCUGCAGCGAUGCAACGGGUUUGAGAGCCGGCAAGGAAGAUCUUGGUGCGGGCACCGAAGGCUUGGAGAUUAACAUGGUGUGGCAGAGCUUUGCCUCGUUGGACGUCGAGGAAGGUGUUGAAAUCGAAACUGAUAGCGGUGCUUGGGCGGAUGCAUCGGCGAAUCUCAACCAGCACGUGAGGACCGGAAAAGCGUACUCCAAUUCUACCAUCAUUAGGCACCUUGAGGCAGCAGCGGAGUUGUGUUAUGUGGAUACCCCAAACACUUGUGGUUCGGCAGAUAAGAAGCAGGCUGAUUACAGAGGCACAAUCAGCAUCACUGUAUCAAAGCUUCCUUGCCAAGACUGGGCUGCUCAAGAACCCCAGAAACAUGAUAAAACCCCAGAAAAAUUCCCCCAAUCAGGCUUGACCAAAAACUACUGUCGCAACCCGGAUGGAGCUGAAAAGGCAUGGUGUUACACAACUAACAAAGACAAGAGGUGGGAGUUCUGUGCUGUACCCACUUGUGGCGAUCUCUCAGACAAAUGUGGGGUGGCAGAGAAGAAGCAGGCUGAUUAUAGAGGCACAAUCAGUGUCACUGAAUCAGGUAUUCCUUGCCAAGAUUGGGCCGCCCAAGAACCCCAGAAACAUGACAAGACACCAGAAAAAUUCCCCCAAUCAGGCUUGACCAAAAACUACUGUCGCAACCCAGAUGGAGCUGACAAGUCCUGGUGCUACACAACGAAGAAAGACAAGAGAUGGGAAUACUGUAAUGUGCCUGCUUGUGGAAAGGGCAAGUCUUGCGUUGAAAAGGCUGAGGGACCAGGACCUGGACUUCUAGCAGUCACACUGCCAGAUCGCCCUAAACCAGCCCCUAGACCGGCAUCUCUCCAGCUUCCCUUAACGACGUGUAAUGGAGGUCGUAAGCAAAUCGGACUCGUACCAGAUGCGCUCGAGAAAGAGUUUGAGGAAGCAGGAAUUCCCGAGUGCGUCGAUGCGGUGGCUUCGCCUCUUCGCCUCAUCCAUGCAAUUGUGGCAGAGCUUCUCAAACAGACGGGGGCAAACGAACAAUUAGACGACAUUGUAAAGGUUGUUUUCGAGCAAAUUGAAAGGGUGGCUAUGUUUCUCGCGGAGCAAAUUGGUGGUUUCCAAGCCAAGAUGUGUGUUGGAGACUUCCCCGGAGCGACCAUGAGAUGGCCCAAAAAGACGGACCACAUGGUGCCGAUGUGCGGCAAACUUCCUAUAGCGACCAGCAAAAAGGCCGAAUGGUCUGCAAUCGCUGGCCACCUUACUCUUCCACCUGCAAUUGCCGCCCAAGUUUGUGAAGGCCUGGGAACCAGUAUCACAUUUUCCUUUUGUUUGGCGGCUUCUUUCUGCGACGUUUUGCCCUCGGUUGCCUUCGCCAUGGACACGGGACUCGUAAGCUGUAUAAUUGCACAGGGUGGAGUGGAAACAUAUGGUAUUGCGACAAUAAUUGCCGCUGCUGUGCAAUUAGGCUUGAACCAUGUUUCGUUUGGAUUGUCCACCACGAAUGCUUUCGAAAUGAAGAUUCCUCUGUACAAUGGCGUGGAAUUUUUCGAUUACAUUUUCCGUCCCACUAUUUAUGACGAACUUGCUUUCUCUAUCAAAUCUGAAAAAAUUCGUGAGCAGUUCAAGGACUGGUUCACACUCAAGGCAACUGCCACGAGAGGACUCAGCUUGUCAUUGGAAGACGGCCGACCUGCGGAUGAAAAAGCUGUCGCCAAAAAGAUGAUGUCUUUCAACGCAGCAGGCGAGGUCGACCUUGCUGAGUUCUUGAACGAGUUUGGGCUCGAGAUUGUGAUUGAUGGGAGACUUAACUUUAUUAUGAGCUUCAAGAAUGUUCCGGUGAUUGGGAAAGCACUUCCAAAUUUUGAUAUUGAGGUGGGUAGGGCCACGGUUCAUAUCACCACAGCAGAAAGGCACGCAGUCCUAGCGGAUAAAUCCGUCAAGAAGAUUUACCCUGGAAUUUCUAUUUUCAUGGGGAAUUCAGGGAACGCCCAGGUUAUCAGGAGAGAAACUUUAAAGGUUCUUCGGCAUUUUGAAGGGAUGGUGAAUCUUGUACUCAAGAAGAAAGGAUGGAAGAUGGAUAUUGACGGCAUCUUGAAACAUUUGAAUGUCAAGGCCAUCGGCACCCAACAUCACCACGGCUGGGGGGUCACGCUGAACGAGGGAAACGCCGGAUUCAUCCUUAAUGUCCCGAUAAUUGUUGGCCUUCCUAUUACAACCUUUUCCUUGCAGUGUUCCUCUAACUACAAAACAUUUGGUUGUAAGAUGGGCCUUGACAAUGUCUCUGAGUGGUUUGUUGCCAUUAUGAAGGAGGUCAAAGACGGCGUCAUGUGGGUCUUGCAUGAGGCCGACAGGCACUUGAACACGCUUGGCGAAGCAUUUGCUCUGUCCUUCGAGAAAGCUGGCGAGAAGCUGCAGGAUAUUUUCAGCACAGAAAACAUGGUUGGGACUUUCGAAAAGAUUUUGGAGGGCGAAUGGAAUCCAGAGGAGGAAUGGACUAAAAUCGCGUCGGUCGGUUAUGAACUCCUUGCCUUGUGCACUGGUAAAGAGUGCUGGAAAGACGGCACAUUGUGUGUCAAUGCCUUCGACCAGAAGAAGCUUGGUACCUGCUGCAAUUGCUGUAAUGAUGAAACAUGGUGGCUCGGAACCGACAAGAAAAUUCCAGGCAAGGGUUGUGGCGUGGAGCCGAAGUGGCCAGAUGGAACGCCUUGUGUUGCCGGCAUCAGCUGCGGACAGUGCGAACAUGGAUAUUCAAGUUGGUUGAGUGUUCCAAAGCUGGGUGGUUUGCCUGGUGUAGCCUGUGGAGACGAGCCGUGCUGGGGGGAUGACACCACCUGUGUUUUGGCAAUUUCGUGCCAUAAGUGUUGUAACGGACACAUGUCCACGAAGUGUGGAAAGAAAGGCUGCUGGUCGGACGGAACAAAGUGUCUUGCCGGACAGACUGUCGGAGCUACGUGCCCCAACUGUUGCAGCGGCUCGAACUUUUGGUUCGGACCUGCAUGGGACCAUUGUGGCGUCGAGCCAAAAUGGGACGACGGAACACCUUGUGUCGAUGGAAUCAGCUGCCACAUGUGCAAGCAUGCUCACACAUGGUGGAUGGCUUUGAAGACGACGAGUUUGCCCGGCCAUGCUUGCGGUGCGGAGCCGAAGUGGCCAGAUGGAACCCCUUGUGUUCAUGGAAUCAGCUGCCACCAAUGCCAGAAUGGUGACUCGGAUUGGAUGGCGUUGAAGACGACGAGUUUGCCCGGCCGUGCUUGUGGCAAAGAGCCCUGUUGGGGUGACGGCACCACAUGCGUCAACGGCAUCAGCUGUCACAAAUGCUGCGGUGGUCAUAUGUUUGGAAAGGUGAGUUACUGA